AUGGCUUAUAUUUUGUGUAAUAAUUUUGACACUUUAAGGAAGUUUUUUCACGAUGAAUUGAAAGCGUCCGGAGAAUAUAAUUUUAGUUCUGGAAUGCUUAGUAAAUAUUGCCCUAAUAAUAAUUGUGACACUAAUAUCAAGAAGAUUAAUGCUGGUUGUUUAUGGUUAUUUAAUGAAUUUUUUGGUAAAUCUGGUACUUCAAAUUAUGACGAUAGAUAUAAGGAUGUGGUUGUAUGUAUUAUGAUAUGGUUAAGUUAUAAAUUAAGCCUAAAGUCACAUGACGGAAUCAAGACAUUAAACGAUUUUUAUUCUAAUCAUAUAGAAAAUAACACGGAGUACACUAAGCAUAAACUUAAUGAUGAAAAUUAUAGCAGUUAUAAGAAAAUCAUAGAUAAAAUAAAGGAAUAUAUGGAUAUUAAUAUUAAUAAAAUGUCUAAAUUUUAUGAAUUAAUUAAAUUAUUAUGUGACAUGAAUACUGCUUAUACGGGAUGUAAAAAUGACAAAUUUUCAGAAGAUGCUAAUAAAUUUGUUGAUAAAUAUAAAGAACUCCUUAAUGAUAAUAAUAAUACUAAAGACAGUUCAUACAAUAAAGUAUUACGUGUUUUAUCCAAUUAUUAUAAUAAUUUUGAACAAAACAGGGUUAUUAAACAUAUAACAAUAAAUCUUACUUCAUUACCAACAGAAAAAACAUCCCAAAAUGUUGAUGUAGAAGGUUCUAAAGCAAUUAAAACAUAUGAAUCCUCGAGUGGAACAGAUCAACCAGAUCAUGUAACGAUAACCCAUAGUUAUGACACUACAUUAUCAGGAUCAUCACUAGUAAAUAAAUUAAUUCUAGUUUUAUCGAUAUUAGUUGCAAUAGCAAUUUUUUUAGGAAUUUCUUAUAAGUAUUCGUUAUUUGGAUUUCGGAAACUACCUCAAAAACAACAUUUAAGAAAAAAGCUAAAAAAAUAA